AUGACAGCUCUCGCCACGUUCAUCGCCACGCUCGUCCUGCUCGAGGCCGCGCUCGGCGCGCCGGUCGACUCGACAGCCCACACCCUCCUCAAGCGCGAUCACCACACCUCGACCGGCGAAAUCGUCGGGUACGUUAUCGCUUUGAUCGUCAUUCUCCUCAUCAUCGGGACACUCGUGUGGCUCUGCAACAGGCGGGUCGAGAGGAUCAGAGAUGCCGCUGCGGCGGAGCCCAAAACGAAGAAGGUCUACAACCGAUGA